ACACGUAGCCACCAACAGAAACGUUGAUAGUGAUGCAGUUCCCAAGGCUUCUUUUAGUUUUUUAUUUUUUCAGACUUGGACUCCAGUUGGCUCCAGCUUCUGUCUUCAGAGGGGAUGGACUUAACGUUGUCCAAUGGUAGCUGCAAAGGCAGCAGUGUGAAGUAAGUUAAAGGGAAGUUCUGUGUGCAAUUCACCAACAUCAUCCGGAACGAGGAUCUUCAGGGAGCGAUUUCCCAACAGCUCUUCUUUGGAAAACAGAAAUCAGGGACUUAAUGGACCAAGAAAGUCAUGUGCCUUCAGGUGGUGUCGAGGAGCCUUCCCUCAUCAUCACUUCUAUCCUGUUGAAGCUUCAGGAUGCGGUUGCCACGGCGAUGUUGCGAGUUCGUGAGAGACUUGCACAGGGCCUAACUGUGCUCUCUGUUAUUCUUCUGCUACUCUCGAUCGCUGCCUUUUUGUAUGGGAGCUUCUACUAUUCUUACAUGCCCACAGCAGCAUUUUCCACACCUGUUCACUAUUACUACAGGAUGGACUGUGUAUCUCCCUCUUCUUUUUUGUGCUCAUAUCCCAUGGCCAACAUUUCCCUGAUGAGAAACAAGAAAAACGUGCUGACAUUCGGUCAGGUCUACCAGAUCUCUUUGCAGCUUGAGAUGCCCGACUCACCCGUCAAUCAGCAGUUGGGGAUGUUCAUGAUAAAGACGACCUGUUUUUCUCAGGAUGGAGGUCAGGUUGCAGCUUCCGCCCGCUCUGCAAAACAGAUGCUAAAGGCUUCCAGCUCUCGCUUUGGCAUGCUGCGAUACCGAUCUGACCUGCUGAAGACUCUGGGAACGCUGCUGUUCCUCCCAGCCUUCCUGACUGGAGCAGCAGAGCAGAAACAAAUGGUGGAGGUUGAGCUCUUCUCAGAGUACACGGAUGACCCUUAUGCUCCCUCAGUCACAGCUGUUAUUGAGAUCCUAUCGGACAAGGUCCAGAUCUACUCGUCUCAUCUGUACAUCCAUGCUCAUUUCACAGGCAUAAGAUAUUUGCUGUUCCACUUUCCUAUUUUGUCUGCCUUGGUGGGCGUCUCGACAAACUUCAUCUUCCUCAGCUUGAUCUUCUUACUAAGCUACGCCAGGCUGCUGUUCACAGAUGGUAACAAAGCAAAGCAGAUCACUUCAGACAGACAGCUUCCACAGAUGGGUGAAACUCUAAGGAGCCAGUCCGAGCCUCAAAGGGAUUCUUCUGCAGGUACUGCAGAGAACCUGGGUCCUGGGAUAAAGGACAGUGCAAAUCUGAGCCAGGAAGAACCCCGUUUGGACUCCAGCAGCAGCACGGACAUGCAGAAUGGUGUCACACAUAGUCAGGACAAAAUACAAGAAUCUGAGGCCGAGUGAGGCCUUUGAAAACAAAGAGAAUACAAUGAUGGGAAACAGCUGAGAAAUUCAGAUCAAUAUUCUGUUACAGAGGGAGGAUAUCCUUUGAUGUUUAUGAGUUUGUUCUUAGUUGACAUAACACCAAAAUAUAAUUGAGUGAAAUGGCAAACAUCUUCUGUCAUCUCAAUCGGUUCUGGAUUUCAACAUGGAGUAGAAAGCUUCUGUCACCAGAGCAGCUCUAACUAUCACUUCUGUUCAAAAUAAAUAAAAAUAAACGAUC